UGGUACAUUGGUACACGGGUACACUGACUCUUCUGACGAGUCUCCAUGUCUUCCUUCUUGCCCAUGCAAGAACUCCAUAGUCUGUCCAAAAGAUCUCGCUCGCAGCGCUCCUCUUGUGCAAGGAGGGCUUCUCCUCGAACAACUCGAGGAUUGUAGUAUUCCUUUGAACUCCAGUGAUGAGCAGACUCGUUUCCACCACGAGAGGCUUGGACGCUCUCGCCCGGAAUUCGCUCCUUCUCCGUCUGCUCGUCGCUCGAUUUUUGUUGUGGAGUUUCAGUUCACGAACUGAUCCCGACUCACGUUAGUCAGUCCGUUCGAGUGUUUUUUCCAAGCGGAGUGUGGUCUAUUUUGUUGUCUAUGAAGUGUUUGGGAGACCUGAACUUGAAGGACUAUUUCAUGGGGACCAUUUAAGAACCCAGUUGGGUUGACUCAAAUCUGAGGGAGACUGAGCGAAAAAAAAAAUCCAAAUCAUCACAAGGGACACGACUCAAAGAGAAUUGCUGAUGUUGAGCCUUUUGGAACCCCCCCCCAUGAAGUGAAGUGAUCUGAAGUGAGGGAAGAAGAGGAUUCCAUAGAACGUCUCAAAGUGUCUUCAUUUCAAUCAGGAUCCUGCUAGGAAAGAAGUUUUAGUGGGUGUUAGAGGGACAGUCUCCACAUAUUUAGAGGCCCAUUACACUCCCAAAAAUGAUUGUGAAAAAUGCUGACCCUCCAGGCAUGGUGCUAGAAAGUGACUAACCAUCAAUUACCCGGCUAUCUGAGGAUCUUGUCAAAGAUCUUGCCUGAAGUUAGCCUUUCAAAUGCAAGUGGGAAACCUGUUUUCCAACCAAGAGAGGCUCCAAUUAAAAGUUUUCCAGUGGGCUUGUGUGUUCUUAUCAACGAUUUUUGUCACCCUUAUCCCCAUACAAUUAAUCGAAACAAGAAACAAAUCCUCAGGAAGUUUUCACAACAAGCUGUCGGAUUUGAAGGUGGCACUCAAUCUCUCGCCCUCACUCUCUCGCUCAUCCCUGGCGGAGGAUCAUCACAAACUUGGCUUUUAGAUCAUAUUUGGACCUCUUUAGAGGGCGAAGGUGCACCGUCUGCCUGUGCCUGUGCGUGUGUGUGCGUGUGUGUGCGUGUUUUCACCCACUCAUGAUGAGAUUCGGAGAUCGCCAGCCAUAACUUUAUUAUCAAGAUCGAUCUUGUUUAUGUUGGCUCGUCGUUCGCCGGAAGUCUGCGUUCAAUCACCAUCUUAAGCACGAUCGAUGAGAUCACAAACAAGACGAUGUUCUUCGAGUUCUUGUGGAGCCCGCAAGAAAUGUGGAACAAAUAGUGACAGCAUGGUCAAUCUCGAGUGAUACAUCUGGCAGAAAAGAGAAAGAGAGGAAAGAGAAAGACGAAAAAAAAAGAAGUGAGUGUUCCCUCUGCCUCCUUCUUGUUGUUGAAAAUGUUCCAUCCCACUCUCGCCAUGUCUCGCCUCAUCCUCGUGAACUACUCUGAAAAACAAACACAGUGAUGUCAAUGAUGUCAAUGAUGAGGAGGAGGAGCCCAUUAUUACUUGCAUUUCGUUUCGGCGCCAAAUGUCCGUUGCUUUGGCUGACCUACUGCCUGAUUUUAGGCCUGUCCUUCAAUUUGGGUGCGAGCUCAUUACGAACUCGACACAAGCACAGCUUGCAGUCAGACUUUUUGAUCACGUUUGCCAAUGCCACCGUCUACUUGGGCUGCCAUUUGCCCCAGGAACAGAUCCUCUGGCUUCACAAUGGGGAACAAGUGUCCGGGAUUGAAUACACGGUCAAAGAGGUUCAAACCAACGUGAUCAGUGGAUUGGUCGAGGAAAAGGUCAAACCCACCCAUGGACGAAGGUUUCGAUCUGAGUUCCUGCCACAAUCUGGGCGCCAUAUUUUGGCUAUUCAGCCCGUGAUCGCAACCGACAUUGGGACCUGGACGUGUCAUGCUUUGCAGGAAGAUCCCUAUCCAACCAACAACAAUGACACAUCUCCGGUGGGUUCCACGAAAACCCGACACCAGCACCUCCGUCAGAAGUCGGCUCUGGUGGACAGAAAGCAUAAUGAACGGGAUAGUUGGUCGCUUAUCGUUCUUCCGUCCCUGGAGGAGCCCCAUGUAUUUAACGGGGAGGGAGAGAAGCGGUACGCCAGCUCUUCAGUGAAGAUGAUGGGAGCCACUCCAUCUCUGUCUAGGGGACUCCCCUCUCCGCCUUCCCAUCCCGCCCCUUCGUCUCCACUUUCAGAACAGGGCGACGAGGCAAAGGGGCCCGAGGAUGCCACUACUGUGAUAACCGUGCAAGAGGGUGAUGAAUUAACUCUCCUUUGCGCCAUGCUCGUUAAGCUCAAGAACCAGAGGGAGGCCUCUCUCAAGUGGAACUCACCCUUCUUUGAUACGUCUAGUCAAUUUUCCAAGGAGUUCUUUGUUCAAAACAACGCAGAUCUGAAGGCGUUGAUCUCCGUGGUCACGCUGAGUCGCAUCGAACGUGAAGGGAAUCAGCAAGAUGUCGCCUGUCAGGGUGUCGGGAAUCAGGAUACUCUGCAGACUGCACUGACGGUCCAGGUCCAGUACCCGCCCACUUUCACCAUAAGUCGAACCCCCCGAUUUGGCGUCCCCAUCCUCAGUGGGAUGACUGUGGUUCUUGAAUGCUAUGCUGAUGUCCAACCUGAAAUGACGGGUUCGUGGUUGAAGGACGAGUUCCCGAUGGCGUCGGACAACGGGUCUUUGAUCAUCGAUUCCGUCUCCACCGAGGACGUGGGUUGGUAUCAAUGCUAUAUCACCUACAACGGCGAGGAGUAUUCUUCCAUUGGCUAUUUUCUCAAUGUCAAAAGCCCCCCCGAUCUGCCGCCACAAGAUUCCCCGAGGGAAAUCCAGUCUGCCUUGUCACAAAACAUGUCCGAGGCGUCGUUUGCCUCGCUGAAAACCUCGGAAAGUCCCAAUCAGGAGGCCCUGGAUGUGGUGGCCAAAAACGUGCUCUAUUCGGAGCGCAAGAAUUGCUCUAAGGCCCUGAUGAGCCUGAUGUCAGAAGAGCGUUACCGACAACCUCGCAUUCAUUCCCUCAAUAACCAGAGUCAUUGGCAAUUGGCUCUGGACUCAACGAUCUCGUUGUCAUUUGAGGUGUGUGCCAAUCCCAAACCCUCGAGAUUGUUCUGGGCCACGCCUGUCUUCACAUUGAGGCCAGGCCAGCAAUCCCCCGACUUUAAUCUAAUUGCUCACAAUGUGACACGAUCCAAGGACAACGCCACGUGUUUGGUGGUAUCCCUGGAGGUCAAGAAAUUGAAUCGAGACCUCUUGGGCGAGUACAUCCUUGUGGCCACCAAUCAAUAUGGUAUUGAGGAUGGGGUGAUCCUCGUAAGCCAAUCUCACAGUGGUCAGGCGUCCCUCUUGAGGUUGUUCCCCCAUCUGUGCCUGAUCAUUGUGAUUUUGCUUCUCUAUGUGACAUGUUAAGACAUUGUUAAUCCAUUAUUCCUUCAGUAUAUCCAAUAAAACACCAAGCUUGAAACAG